AUGGGACCGAAUGACACAAACCGUCUUUCGAUUAAAUUUUUUUUUUUAUCGAAAUCGCUCCACCCAGUCAAAAGUUCUGAAGUAACAUGGUCAGUCAGUUACCCGACUCGGAGGUCGAACGUACGACGGCAGCGUACAUUUUCACCUUUAACGCCAUUCCCCUGUCAAGACUCGAUAUCAUGGGGACGAAGCAAGGAGGUCCCCACGUCGGUGCACAAGCUGAGACCAGGGGACAUCGAGGUUGUAGCGGCGAUAGGUGACUCUCUUGUAGCGGGCAGUGGUGCCCUUGAAGAGUUCGCCCUAGGAGCGAUCGUUGAGUAUCGAGGAGUGUCUUGGUGCGCUGGCGGUGACAGUUCUUGGCGCGAGUUUCUCACUCUGCCCAACAUCCUCAAGGAGUACAACCCUGGCCUGCGUGGAUACUCCACGGGCACUGGAGAGUGGCUGUCGAAGAACUCCAGACUCAACGUCGCUUUUCCGGUAGCCUCCGACCAAGACGCAUACAAACAAGCAAAGAUCCUGGUAGCACGCAUUCGUUCAUCCCCCGACAUCGACGUGGCUCGUGACUGGAAGAUGAUCACGGUGUUCAUAGGUGCCAACGACCUGUGCUCCGCCUCCUGCUUGAACCCAGUCUCCUGGUCGCCGGCCGCCCACGCCAGGAAGCUGGCGAAGGCGCUCGACUACUUCCACAUGCAUUUACCGAGGACGAUUGUUAACUUAAUUCCAGUUCUGGAUGUGUCGGUAUCAGUGAGGGUGCUCCGGCCGCUCAUGUGCCGCCUGAUGCACCCGCUGUUCUGCACGUGCUUCCACCGCGGCGGCGGCGAGUUGCUCGACCUCGUCCGACAGGCGCGGCUGUACCAAGCCGCGGAAAUGGCUCUGGUGGACUCAGGCCGUUACGAUACCCGCGAUGACUUCACGGUGGUGAUCCAACCCUUCAUGAGGCUGUUCAACGCGCCGAUGCCACCAACACAACCACUACCGCUCGUGAUCCACCAGUCGUACAUCACACACGACUGCUUCCACUUCUCACAGAAGGGUCAUGCACUUGCUGCAAAUCUUCUCUGGAACAAUCUGCUGGAGCCGGUCGGUAACAAGACCGACUCCGGACCGCCUGUCUUACUCAACUCAUUCCGUUGCCCGAUCAAGUCUGCACCUUUCAUCUUCACGAGGAAGAAUUCAGAGGAGUUUUUGAGGACAGGAAAACAAGAGGGAGCUUUUGAAUCAUGAUUAUUAUUACUUAUUUAGCUAAUUUAUU